AGAAUUCAUUCUUUUUAUGUUCGGAGGUUGAAAAUAAAACCUCAAAAUGGUAAACGGUAGGAUACCGUCGGUUCAUUCAAAAACCUAUGUAACGCCUAGGCGUCCAUAUGAGAAGGCCCGUUUAGAUCAAGAAUUAAAAAUCAUUGGAGCCUUCGGUCUUCGUAACAAACGUGAAGUAUGGAGAGUGAAAUAUACUCUGGCCAAAAUCCGUAAGGCUGCCAGAGAACUGCUUACUCUAGAAGAGAAGGAUCCCAAAAGGUUGUUUGAAGGUAAUGCACUCCUGCGUCGAUUGGUCCGUAUCGGAGUACUAGACGAGAACAGAAUGAAGCUCGAUUAUGUAUUGGGUCUCAAGAUUGAAGAUUUCUUGGAAAGACGUCUACAGACACAAGUCUUCAAAUCUGGUCUAGCUAAGUCAAUCCAUCAUGCUAGGGUAUUGAUCAGACAACGUCACAUCCGAGUCCGCAAGCAAGUGGUGAACAUUCCCUCCUUCAUCGUCCGUUUAGAUUCACAAAAACACAUUGACUUCUCUCUAAAAUCACCUUUGGGAGGUGGUCGUCCAGGACGUGUUAAGAGGAAGAACCUCACCAAGAAGAGCGGUGGUGGAGGUGCAGCUGAAGAAGAGGAAGACUAAGCUGUAUGUCAUACUAGUUGUACUAGUACUUACAUAUUAAUAUACUUAUGUAUU